UGGGCUCUCGACACCAAUCAGGAGGAACGGGACAAAGGGAAGACCGUCGAAGUGGGCAGAGCUUACUUCGAGACCAAAAACAAACACUUCACUCUAUUAGACGCACCCGGCCAUCGAGGAUUCGUCCCCAAUAUGAUAGGAGGCGCCUGUCAGGCAGACCUAUCCGUUCUGGUCAUAUCCGCCCGUAAAGGAGAGUUUGAGACCGGUUUCGAAAGGGGUGGUCAGACCCGAGAGCACGCUAUGCUCGCCAAAACGGCCGGCGUUAAACAUAUGGUAGUCCUCAUCAAUAAGAUGGACGACCCGACCGUAGAAUGGAGUGAAUCCCGUUAUACCGAGUGCUGCGACAAACUUCUUCCAUAUCUGAAAAAGUGUGGAUUCAAUCCCAAGAACGAGAUCUAUUUCAUGCCG